AUGGCGGAUGUGAGGUCCGGCGUACGGGACUCCUUGCUGCAGCUGCAGGAGUUCUUGUCCGCCGCCGACCGCAGCAGCGCCGCGGUGGCCGGUUGGCAGCUGCUGCGGGGCUUGGGGCAGGAGUGCUUGCUGAGCUCCAGCCCCGCGCUGCUGGCAUUACAGACUUCCUUAGUGUUCUCCAAAGAUUUUGGUUUGCUUGUAUUUGUUCGGAAAUCACUUAGCAUUGAUGAAUUUCGUGAUUGCAGAGAAGAAGCUCUAAAGUUUUUAUUUAUUUUCUUAGAAAAAAUUGGCCAGAAUGUCACACCUUAUUCUCUUGAUAUUAAGAAUACUUGCACCAGUGUUUACACAAAAGAUAAAGCUGCUAAAUGUAAAAUUCCAGCCCUGGACCUUCUUAUUAAGUUACUUCAGACUUUGAGAAGUUCUAGACUCAUGGAUGAAUUUAGAGUUGGAGAGUUAUUUAGCAGAUUCUAUGGAGAACUUGCACUGAAAGCAAAAAUCACAGAUACAGUUUUAGAAAAAAUAUAUGAGCUCCUAGGAGUAUUAGGUGAAGUUCAUCCAAGUGAGAUGAUAAAUAAUUCAGAUACACUCUUCCGGGCUUUUCUGGGUGAACUUAAGGUCCAGAUGACAUCAGCAGUGAGGGAGCCCAGACUCGCUGUUGUGGCCGGGUGUCUGAAGGGGCUGUCUUCACUCAUGUGCAACUUCACCAAGUCCAUGGAAGAAGAUCCCCAGACUUCGAGGGAGAUUUUUGAUUUUGCUGUAAAGGCAAUCCGUCCUCAGAUUGAUCUGAAGAGAUACGCGGUGCCUUUGGCUGGCCUGGGCUUGCUUGCCCUGCACGCGUCUCAGUUCAGCACCUGCCUCUUGGAGCACUGUGCUUCCAUGUUUGAAGUCCUGUCCAAGUGGUGCAGUCACACCAACGCCGAACUGAAGAAAGCUGCGCAUUCAGCUCUGGAAUCUUUUCUGAAACAGGUUUCCUCCGUGGUGGCCGGCGACGCAGAGGCACACAGGAGGGAGCUGCAGUUCUUCAUGGAGCAGUUCUGCGGGGUCAUCAGGAACACGGACGCCAGCAGCAAGGACUUGUCCAUCGCCAUCCGCGGCUACGGACUGUUCGCGGGGCCGUGCAAGGCUGUAAAUGCACAGGAUGUUGACUUCAUGUACGUGGAGCUCAUUCAGCGCUGCAAGCAGCUGUUCCUCACCGAGGCGGAGACUGCUGAGGACCACGUGUACCAGAUGCCCAGUUUCCUGCAGUCCGUCGCCAGCGUCCUGCGUCACCUUGACACAGUUCCUGAGGUCCAUAUCCCUGUUCUGGAACAUCUCGUGGUCGUGCAGAUAGACAGCUUCCCACAGUAUAGUCCAAAGAUGCAGUCGGUGUGCUGCAAAGCCAUAGUGAAAGUUUUCCUGGCCUUAGCAGAGAAAGGACCCGUUCUCUGGAAUUGCAUUAGCACUAUGGUGCAUCAGGGUUUAAUCAGAAUAUGCUCUAAACCUGUGAUCCUUCAAAAGGGUGCUGAGCUUGAGUCUGAAGGUGACCGUGCAUCGGGGGAAGUUAGAACUGGCAAGUGGAAAGUGUCCAUGUGCAAGGACUACGUGGGCCUUGUUAGAAGUCUCCUGAGCUGUGACCAGAUGACGGAUUCUUUUUUAGCAGAUGAAGCAUUUCUCUCUCUGAAUUCCUCCCUUCAAAGUCUGAGUCGUUUGCUAUAUGAUGAAUUUAUAAAGUCAGUUUUGAAGAUUAUUGAGAAGUUGGAUCUUACGCUAGAAAAGCAGACCGUCGGGGAACAAGAGAUUGGCAGUGCAGCCCCUGGGGUGUGGGUGGUCCCAACUUCAGAUCCAGCAGCGAACUUGCAUCCUGCUAAACCUAAAGACUUCUCAGCCUUCAUCAACCUGGUGGAAUUUUGCAGAGAGAUUCUUCCUGAAAAACAUGUAGAGUUUUUUGGGCCGUGGGUGUGCUCCUUUACACAUGAAUUAAUUCUGCAGUCCACACGGCUGCCGCUCAUUAGUGGUUUCUAUAAAUUGCUUUCUAUUGCUGUGAGAAAUGCCAAGAAAAUAAAAUAUUUUGAGGGAGUUGGUCCGAAGAGUCAGAAGCAGUCUCCUGAGCAUCCAGAAAAGUGUUCUUGCUUCGCUUUGUUUGCAAAAUUUGGUAAAGAGGUGUCAGUUAGAAUGAAGCAGUACAAGGAUGAACUCCUGGCUUCCUGCUUGACCUUUGUCCUGUCCCUGCCAUACAACAUCAUUGAACUCGACAUCAGAGCCUAUGUCCCCGCGUUGCAGAUGGCUUUUAAACUGGGCCUGAGCCAUACCCCGUUGGCGGAAGUAGGCCUGAACGCGCUAGAGGAGUGGUCAGGCCGCAUCUGCAGACAUGUGAUUCAGCCCUAUUAUAAGGACAUUCUGCCCUGCCUUGAUGGGUAUCUCAAAACUUCAGCCUCAUCAGAUGAGACCAGGCAUAGCUGGGAAGUGGCAGCACUUUCUCGGGCCGCCCAGAGAGGGUUUGACAAAGAUGUGCUGAAGCAUCUGAAGAGGACAAAGAACGUUUCGUCAAAUGAAGCACUGUCCUCAGAAGAGAUAAGGGUUAGAGUCGUACAAAUGCUCGGCUGUCUCGGAGGACAAAUAAAUAAAAACCUCAUAACAGCUGCGUCCUCCGAUGAAGUGAUGAAGAAGUGUGUGGCGUGGGACCGAGAGAAGAGACUCAGCUUCGCGGUGCCCUUCCCAGACAUGAAGCCUGUCGUCCACCUGGACCUGUUCCUGCCUCGAGUCACGGAACUGGCCCUCUCGGCUGGAGACAGACAAACCAAGGUCGCGGCCUGUGAGCUGCUGCACAGCACGGUCGUGUUCAUGCUGGGAAAAGCCACGCAGAUGCCUGACGGCGGCCCGGGCCCCCCUCCGCUGUACCAGCUGUACAAGCGCACCUUUCCUGUGCUGCUCCGACUGGCGUGCGACGUCGAUCAGGUGACGAGACAGCUGUUUGAACCUCUGGUUAUGCAGUUGAUUCACUGGUUCACCAACAACAAGAAAUUUGAGAGUCAGGAUACUGUUGCCUUGCUGGAAGCGAUCCUGGAUGGAAUUGUGGACCCGGUUGACAGCACUUUAAGAGAUUUCUGUGGCCGAUGUGUCCACGAAUUCCUCAGGUGGUCCAUUAAGCAGACAACACCACAGCAGCAGGAGAGCAGUCCAGUAAAUACCAAGUCACUUUUCAAGCGACUGUACAGCUUUGCACUUCACCCCAGUGCCUUCAGGAGGCUGGGGGCAGCUCUUGCCUUUAACAGCAUCUACAGGGAGUUCCGGGAGGAAGAGGCUCUGGUGGAACAGUUUGUGUUUGAGGCCUUGGUCACGUUCAUGGAGAGCCUGGCCCUGGCCCACGCGGACGAGAAGUCCUUGGGCACCGCGCAGCAGUGCUGUGACGCCGUCGACCACCUGGGCCGCAUCAUCCAGAAGAAGCACACUUCUCUGAACCAAGCCAGAAAACGGCGCCUGCCACGUGGGUUUCCACCUGCAGCAUCCUUGUGCUUAUCCGACGUGGUCCAGUGGCUUUUCGCCAGCUGUGGGAGGCCCCAGACAGAGUGUCGGCACAAGUCCAUAGAACUCUUCUACAAACUUGUUCCUUUAUUGCCAGGCAACAGAUCCCCUUCCUGGUGGCUGAGAGACGUUAUCGAGAGAGAAGGCAUUUCCUGGGUCGUCCGCACGUUCGAGGGGGGCGGAGGAGCUCCUGACCAGCCAUCGGGCAUCCUGGCCCAGCCCACCCUCCUCCACCUGCAGGGCCCGUUCAGCCUGCGGGCUGCCCUGCAGUGGAUGGACAUGCUGCUGGCGGCGCUCGAGUGCUACAACACCUUCCUGGGCGAGAAGACGCUUGGGGCGGCCCAGGUCCUGGGUGCGGAGACACAGUCUUCACUUUGGAAGGCGGUGGCUUUCUUUUUAGAAAGCAUCGCUCUGCACGAUGUCACGGCGGCAGAGGAGCGCUUUGGCCCUGGGGCAGCCAGCGACAGGCCCAGCCCCCAGGAGGCAGAGAGGUUCACGUACAGCAAGUGCACGGUCACUGUCCGGCUCCUGGAGCUCUCCACCACGCUGCUCAGCGCCUCGCCUGAAGGCUGGAAGCUCCUGGAGGACCCGUACCUUGCCAACCUCAUGACACUCCUGGUGACCACGCUGUGCGCGCCCUCGAGCCUGGGCUUCAACGUGGGCGACGUCGCGGUCAUGGACCACCUCCCCCACGUCUGUGUGGGCCUGCUGAGAGCCCUAAGGGCCACGCCGCUCCGGGCCGCGCUGGAGACGCGCCUCAGGGAGGCGAUCCCGGCUCAGAGCAUGGAGGAGCUCUGUGCUGCUGACCUGUGGGGCCCGGACGUGCACGGGAGCAGGGCCAAGCUGACAUCUCUCCUAUCCGCGUGCAAGCAGCUUCACAGAGCCGGCUUUCUGCAGGCCGUCGCCCCGGCUCAGUCUGCAGAUCAGCAGCUCUCUCUUGGCACAAAGCUGCUCUCCCUGGUCUUCAGAAGCAUCGCGCCUGGAGAUGAGCGGCAGUGCCUGCCUUCACUGGACCCCGGCUGCAGGCGGCUGGCCGGGGGGCUCCUGGAGCUGGCCUUCGCGUGUGGAGGACAGUGUGAGUGCCUCGUGGGUCUCCUCCUGGACAAGACGGAGGUGUGCAUGCCGUCCUCAGGUGCCUUCCAGAGGAGCGCCGUCAGCUUCUCUCACGGGCAGUACUUUUACAGUGUGUUCUCAGAAGCAAUCAACGCUGAACUACUGAAAAAUCCAGAUCUUGCCGUGUCGGAGCUCAUGAAAUCCUCUGUGGACAACCCCAAAAUGGUGAGCACAGUUUUGAAUGGCCUGUUGGAUCAGAGCUUCAGGGACCGCACGGGUGAGAGGCAGCAGGGCCUGAAGCUGGCGAACGCCAUCCUGCAGAGCUGGAGAAGGUGCGACUCGUGGUGGGCCCCGGGUUCCGCCCCGGACAGCAAGACUGCGGUGUUGACCUUGCUGGCGAAAAUUCUGCAGAUCGACUCAUCCGUGACUUUCAGCGCGACUCACAGCGCGUUCUCCGAGGUUUUCACGACGUACGUUAGUUUGCUUGCUGAUCCGAAUUUGGGUCUACAUUUAAAGGCCCAGGCCAUGCCUCUGCUCCCGUUCUUCGCUGCCCUCCCUGGGGAGCGUCUGGAGGAGCUGAAGCAGGUCCUCGAGGGGCUCGUCGCCUCCAGUUUCCCCGUGACGUCUGGGGAGCUCCCGCCGGGGACCCUGCAGUACAGCACUUACGUGGACUGCGUGAAGAAGCUCCUGGACGCGCUGGAGCUGUCUCGGAGUCCUGUGCUGUUGCAGCUGAUGACAGAAAUCCUCUGUCGGGAAGAGCGGCAUGUCAUGGAAGAAGCCUUUCAGUCCACUUUCAGACGGGUCGCCAGAGAGAGUUCACAUGACACACAGUUAGACCUUCUGGAAAGUGUGUACGCAAUGUUCCGGAAGGACAGCCUGCUUUCAGGCACCACUCGCCAGGCGUUUGUGGACCGAGCUCUCCUCACCCUGUUGUGGAGCUGUGGGCUGGGUGCUCUGAGCGAGUUCUUCAGCAGAAUCGUGGUGGAUGCCGUUGACGUGCUGAGGUCCAGAUUUACAAAGCUAAACGAAUCCAUCUUUGGCACUCAGAUCGCCAGGAAGAUGGGCUACUAUAAGGUGCUUGAGGUGAUGUAUUCCCGGCUUCCGAAGGACGCUGUUCACUCGCAGGAGUCUAGAGUUAAUCAGGCCUUCCACGGCUCGUGUGCUGCAGAAGGAAACGAGCUCACGAAGACACUCAUCAAGCUGUGCUAUGACACAUUCACUGAGAACAUGGCUGGGGAGGAGCGGCUGCUGGAGAGGCGGAGGCUGCUGCACUGCGCCGCCUACAACUGCGCCAUCGCCGUCUCCUGCUGCGUCUUCACGGAGCUCAGGUUCUUCCAGGGCUUCCUGUUCAGUGAGAAGCCGGAGAAGAAUGUGCUUAUUUUUGAAAAUCUAAUGGACCUGAGGCGCUGCUACACGUUUCCCAUAGAAGUGGAGGUCCCUCUGGAAAGAAAGAAGAGGUACACUGAAAUCAGGAGAGAAGCCAGGGAGGCCGCGAGUGGGGGUUCAGGUGGCCCCCGUUACAUGUUCUCCCUGUCUCACCUGGAGGACAGCAGCCUGACUGAGGAAAUGAGUCAGUUCGAUUUCUCAACUGGAGUUCAGAGCUACUCCUACGGUUCCCAAGACCCUAAAUCUGCAGCUGGCCGUUCCCGGGGACAGGAGCACAGGCAUGCGGUGACCCAAGGCGACAUGCUGGAGCUGGAGCUGGAUGAGCUGAACCGGCAUGAGUGCAUGGCCCCGCUGGCCGCCCUGGUCAGGCACCUGCAGCGGGUUCCGGCCGCGCCCAUGGGAGGAGAGGGUUCGGUGCCAAGAAAUCUUCCUCCUUGGAUGAAGUUUCUUCACGACAAACUAGGGAAUCUGUCAGUGUCAUUAAACGUCCGUCUCUUCUUGGCCAAGCUUGUUGUUAACACAGAAGAGGUCUUCCGCCCUCACGCGAGGCACUGGCUGGGCCCCCUGCUGCAGUUGGCGGCUUCUGAGAGCAGCGGGGAGGGGAUUCACUACAUGGUGGUCGAGAUAGUGGCAACAGUGCUCUCGUGGACGGGGUCGGCCACUCCUGUGGGGGUCCCUAAAGACGAAGUGUUAGCGAAUCGACUGCUUCAUUUCCUAAUGAAACACGUUUUUCAUCAGAAAAGAGCUGUGUUUAGACAUAAUCUUGAGAUUAUAAAAACCCUCACCGAGUGCUGGAAGGAGUGCUUGUCCGUGCCUUACAGGUUAAUAUUUGAAAAGUUUUCCAGUAAAGAUCGUAAUGCUAAAGACAAUUCAGUGGGAAUUCAGUUACUCGGCAUCGUGAUGGCUAAUGACUUGCCUCCCUACGACUCAAGGUGUGGUGUCGAAAGCACGACGUACUUUGAGGCUCUGGUCAGUAACAUGUCCUUUGUGAAAUACAAAGAGGUGUACGCGGCGGCUGCAGAGGUCCUCGGGCUUGUUCUUCGGUACGUUUCCGAGAGGGACGAGAUGCUGGCGGAGUCUGUGUGUGAGCUGGUGGUGAAACAGUUGAGGCAGCUUCAGAACACCAUGGAGGACAAGUUCAUCGUGUGUUUGAGCAGAGCUGCGAAGAACUUCCCUCCUCUCGCUGACAGGUUCAUGAACACUGUGCUGUUCCUGCUGCCAAGACUGCACGGCGUGAUGAAGACGCUGUGUCUGGAGGUGGUGCUGUGUCGCGCGGAGGCGAUAGCGGAUGUGUACCUGCAGUUAAAGAGCAAGGACUUCACUCAGGUCAUGAGACACAGAGACGAUGAAAGACAGAAAGUGUGUCUGGGCAUAAUUGACAAGGUGAUGGCAAAGCUGAAGCCAGCAGAGCUCCUGGAGCUCCUGCAGCCGGUGGCAGAGCUGGCCUCUCACCCGUCCACGCGGUGCAGGGAGCAGGCAUACGGCAUCCUCAUGUGGGCUCACGACAACUACCGCGAUCCAGAGAGCCAGGCCGACGGGGCCUCCCAGGAGAUAUUCAAGUUGGCGAAAGACGUGUUGAUCCAGGGCUUGACGGACGAGAACCCCGGGCUUCAGUUGAUGAUUCGGAACUUCUGGAGCCAUGAAACUAGGAUGCCUUCGAAUACCUUGGGCCGCUUGUUGGCCCUGAAUUCCUUAUAUUCUCCUAAGAUAGAAGUGCACUUCUUAAGCUUAGCGACAGAUUUUCUGCUUGAAAUGACCAGCAUGAGCCCCGACUUCCAGAGCCCCAUAUUUGAGCACCCUCUGUCAGAGUGCGAGUUUCAGGAGUACACCAUCGACGCGGACUGGCGCCUCCGGAGCACCGUCCUCACCCCGAUGUUCGUGGAGACGCAGGCCUCCCUGAGUGCCCUCCAGACCCAGGCCCAGGACGGGGCGCGAGGGGCGGCGGCCAGGCAGGUCCGGGCCACGCAGCGGCAGCUUGACUUCACGCUGACCCAGAGCGCAGGGGGAAGAGGCUCCUUCCGCUGGCUGACGGGGGGCAGUGUGGACCCACCGGGGGACGACGUGGACAUGGCCUCGUCCUCAUCCUCGUCCCUGCUGUUUGCCCACAAGAGGCCGGAACGGUCACUGCUGAAGUCGGUGGGACCUGAUUUUGGGAAGAGGAGGCUGGCCCUCCCAGGGGACGAGGUGGAGCACAGAGCAGAAGGUGCAGAUAGUCGGGCCGAAAUACUGAGAUUACGCAGACGAUUUUUAAAGGACCAAGAAAAACUGAGUCUGAUUUACGCCAGGAAAGUUGUUGUUGAACAAAAGCGGGAGAAGGAGGUGCUGGCUGAGCUGAGAGUGAGGCAGGACGCGCAGGUCGUGCUGUACCGGAGCUACCGUCAAGGAGACCUGCCUGACGUCCAGAUCCCACACAGCAGCCUCAUCGCCCCGCUGCAGGCCGUGGCCCAGAGGGACCCGAUAGUCGCCAAGCAGCUCUUUAGCAGCUUGUUUUCCGGGAUCAUGAAAGAGAUGGACAAGUACAAGACAGCAUCCGAGAAACGCAGCGUGACUCAGAAGGUGCUGCAGGACUUCAGCCACUUUCUCAGCACCACUGUCUUCUUCUUCCCGCCCUUCAUCUCCUGCCUCCAGGAGGUGAGCUGCACACACGCCGAUCUGCUGAGCCUUGACCCCGCAGCUGUCAGCACCAGCAGCCUGGCCAGCCUGCAGCAGCCCGGGGGCAUCCGCCUCCUGGAGGAGGCCCUGCUGCACCUGGCGCCCCAGGAGCCGCCCGCCAAGCGGGCUCGGGGGACGCCUGGCCUCCCUCCUGAUACUGCCCGAUGGAUGGAACUUGCAAAACUGUACAGGUCAAUUGGAGAGUAUGACACCCUCCGUGGGAUCUUCAGCAGUGAGAUAGGAACAAAGCCGGUCACUCAGGACGCGCUGUCAGCAGAAGCAAGAAGUGACUAUUCUGAAGCCGCUGAGCGUUACAAUGAGGCUCUCAACAGACAGGAGUGGGCGGAUGGCGAGCCCUCGGACGCUGAGAAGGACUUCUGGGAACUCGCAGCCCUCGACUGUUACAACCAGCUUGCCGAGUGGAGGUCACUGGCCUACUGUUCCACAGCCGUUGUUGCCAGCGAGAACCCCCCGGACCUGAAUAAAAUGUGGAGUGAGCCGUCCUGGCAGGAGACCUACCUGCCCCACAUGAUCCGCAGCAAGCUGAAGGGGCUGCUCCUGGGAGGGCGCGACCAGUCCCUGCUGACCUUCGUGGACGAGGCGGGGGCCUUGGCGCCCCGGCGCGCCCUGCUGGAGCUGCACCACGGCCAGGAGCUGAGCCUCCUCUGCAUCCUGCAGGAUGACAUCGACCGUGCCAAGUACUACGUCGAAAACUGCAUUCAGGUUUUCAUGCAGAAUUACUCUAGUAUUGACGUCCUGUUGCACAGAAGCAGACUCACCAAAUUGCAGUCUGUACAAACUUUGAUCGAAAUUCAGGAGUUCAUCAGCUUUAUUAGCAAAGAAGGUAAUUUGUCAUCUCAAGCUCCCCUUAAGAGACUCCUGAGAGCCUGGAUGAACAGGUAUCCGGACGCUAAAGUGGACCCCGUGAACGUCUGGGACGACGUCAUCAUGAACCGAUGUUUCUUUCUCAGCAAAAUAGAGGAGAAGCUUAGUCUUCUUCCAGACGAUGGCGGUGUGAACGCGGGCGGAGACGGGGGCUCUGGGGAAGAGGUGGACGUGCAGGCCCCGGCUGGAGACGUGUGGUCCCUGAUCGCCGGCUGCAGGUUCUCCAUGAGGAUGAGGAUGGCGGAGAGCGCGGGCGAGCAGGGCAAUUUCUCACUUGCCAUGAAACUGCUGAAGGAGCUGCACAGAGAGGCAAAGACGCGGGAGGACUGGCUGGCGAGGUGGGCGCAGAGCUACUGCCGGCUCAGCCACAGCCGCAGCCGGGCCCAGUGCCGCCCCGAGCAAGUCCGCACGGCGCUCAGGACCGUCUCCCUGCUGGGUGAGAACACGUCAAGCUUCUCAAGCAGAGACGGCCAGACUUUCCGCAGCCGGAACGUUCUCCUGGGCACUGCGUACCGGAUCCUGGCCGACGCCCUCCGCGGGGAGCCUGCCUGCCUGGCCGAGAUGGAGGGGAGCGAGGCCAGGAGAGUCGUGGGGCUCUCUGCAUGCGGUUCCGAGGACACGCAGGAGGUGAUCGCGGGUCUGUACCAGAGAGCGUUCCACCACCUUUCUGAGGCCGCGCGGACAGCUGAGGAGGAGGCCGGGCCUUCCACCUGGGGCCAGGGGCCUGCAACCGAGGUGACAGAUGCUUACAUGACGCUGGUGGAUUUCUGUGACCAGCAGCUCCGCAGGGAGGAGGAGGGCACGUCAGCUGUUGAGUCUGCAGCACUGCGGACAUACCCAGCCCUUGUGGUGGACAGGAUGCUGAAAGCUUUAAAGUUACACUCCAGCGAGGCCAGGCUGAAGUUCCCCAGGCUCCUGCAGAUCAUAGCGCGGUACCCGGAGGAGACCCUGAGCCUGAUGGCAGAAGAGGUCUCGUCCGUCCCCUGCUGGCAGCUCAUUGGCUGGGUCAGCCACUUGGUGGCCCUGCUGGACAAGGAGGAAGCUGUGGCCGUCCAGCACCCCGUGGAGGCCAUCGCUGACCACUACCCACAGGCGCUCGUCUACCCGCUCAUCAUCAGCAGCGAAAGCUACUCCUUCCAGGACACUGCGGCUGGUCGGAAGAAUGAGGAGUUCGUGGCAAGGAUUAAAGUUAAGCUGGACCGCAGGGGAGUGGUUCAGGACUUCAUUACUGCCCUGGACCAGCUCUCUGACCCCGAGAUGCUCUUCAAGGACUGGACUGAGGAUGUCAAAGUUGAACUGGAAAAAAACCCUGUCAAUAAGGAGAACAUCGAGAAGAUGUACGGGAAGCUGCGUGCGGCCCUGGGGGACCCGGACGCUCCCGGCCUCGGGGCUUUUCGGAGGAAGUUCGUUCAGGCUUUUGGGAAAGAAUUUGAUAAACACUUUGGGAGUGGAGGCUCCAAGCUCCAGAGCAUGACACCUGCUGACUUUGGUGCUGUCACCCGCACGCUGCUGGCCAAAAUGCGCAGGGACGUGAGGGUGCCCGGCAACCUGCAGGAGUGCUCACCCUGGAUGAGUGGCUUCCAGGCGGACUUCCUGAGAGACGAGCUGGAGGUCCCAGGGCAGUACGACGGCCGAGGGAAGCCGGCGCCGGAGUACCACGCACGGAUCGCGGGGUUCGACGAGCGGGUGAGAGUCAUGGCUUCUCUGCGGAGGCCGAAGCGCAUCGUGAUCCGUGGGCAUGACCAGCGGGAGUACCCCUUCCUGGUGAAGGGGGGCGAGGACCUGCGGCAGGACCAGCGCAUCCAGCAGCUGCUCCAGGUCAUGAACGUCGUGCUCUCCCAGGACGCCGCCUGCAGCCAGCGCAGCCUGCAGGUGAAGACGUACCACGUGGUGCCCAUGACCUCCAGACUGGGGUUAAUUGAAUGGAUCGAACAUACUUGCACCUUGAAGGAGCUUCUCCUGAACAGCAUGUCCCAGGAGGAGAAGGGAGCUUACACCAACGACCCCAGAGCCCCGGCGUUUGAAUACAGAGACUGGCUGACGAAGGUGUCUGGGAAGCAUGGCCCCGGGGCUUACCCGCUCGUGUACACGAGAGCCAGUCGCAGUGAAACAGUCACAUCUUUCAGAAGAAGGGAGAGCAGAGUGCCAGCCGACCUCUUAAAACGGGCCUUCCUGACCCUGAGCACCAGCCCCGAGGCCUUCCUGGCUCUCCGCUCCCACUUCGCCAGCUCGCACGCCCUCCUGUGCGUCGGCCACUGGGUCCUGGGCAUCGGAGACAGACACCUGAACAACUUCAUGGUGAGCCUGGAGACGGGCGGCCUGAUCGGCAUUGACUUCGGACACACGUUCGGAUCUGCCACGCAGUUUCUGCCGGUCCCUGAGCUGAUGCCUUUUCGCCUAACUCGCCAGUUUAUGAACCUUAUGUUACCGCUGAAAGAAACGGGGCUGGUGAGCAGCAUCAUGGUGUGUGCGCUGCGCGCCUUCCGCUCCCGCUCGGACCUGCUCACCGCCACCAUGGACGUGUUUGUGAAGGAGCCGUCCUUCGACUGGAGGAAUUUUGAACAGAAAAUGCUGAAAAAAGGAGGAUCCUGGAUUCAAGGAGUAAAUGUAGAUGAAGAGAAUUGGUACCCCCGGCAGAAGGUGCGCUGCGCCAGGAGGAAGUUAGCGGGAGCCAACCCGGCGGUCGUUACCUGUGAUGAAUUGCUUCUGGGCCAUGAGAAGGAAUCUGCCUUCGAAGACUACGUCGCAGUGGCACGAGGCAGCAGGGACCACAAUGUCCGGGCCCGGGAGCCGGACAGCGGGCUUUCAGAGGAGGCUCAAGUGAAGUGUUUGAUUGACCAGGCCACAGACCCCAACAUCCUCGGCAGGACGUGGGAGGGGUGGGAGCCCUGGAUGUGAGGCCCGGAGGAGCCAGCAGGUGUGGAGCGUGCGGCAUGUGGGCGAUGUUGUAAACCUCACCUUUGCACAUGGCACAGAGAAGAAAUCUUGUAUCAUGAGUUUAAUCAGGGUCGUGAUGGAGAAGUGAAUGCUGGUCUGGGUGGACGAUUGGGUCACGAUGAAAGAUUAGGUUGGGGUUCAAUCCCUAGCACCUCCUCCAAAUAUAAAUAAACCAAGUAACGUCUCCCUCAUUAAAAAAAAAAGUAAGAAAAAAAGCGAAAAUACUAGGUCAGGGUUAAAACAGACCUAAUAGAAAAGGCGUAUCCAGGCCAGUGCAGGCCCCGAGUCGGACACAGCGGGUCACGAGGCUGUGCUCGGCCAGCAGCUCCCCGAGUAAGUGGCGAAGGAGACCCCGCACGUCAGAGUGACGGUCACGGGGGGGGGGGCGUGGUCAGCAGCACGAGGUGGUCACAGUGAAGCUGAUGGCCUCUUACACCUAGUAAUGACUGCACUUGACACUUAGGGUAUUUUUGUAGGUUUUUUUCUUUCAUUUUUUCUUUCUCUUCUAGUUUUGACACUUUAUGACAGACUUGGUCUCUAGAAGAGGACGUAUUAGGAGAGGUGAAAACCUGGGUCUCGCUUAGACGGACCCUUGCUGUAUGGAUCAGUCACAUGAGGAAGGCAGACCAAAGUGCUUUCAUCCCAGACUCAGGGUGACUUCAGAAAUUCCGAGUGUGAAGGUAGCACUCAGCAUUCCAGCUCUGGGGAAGGAAACGAAGACGCGGUGUGAAGUGCAUCCUGCUGGGAGGUGACACGCCACCUGGAGCAGCAGGGCCGGGUCCCCCCUUGGCUCCGCCCCGAGCCCGUCCUCCCUGUCUGGAGCCAUUCUCUGGUUGGCUUUGAGGUUUUCAAUAUUUUUUUUCAAAUGUCUAUAGUUAGAAGCUCUUGUAUGAUUUUGUAAGUUCUAGAAUAAAGAACAUUACAGUUUUUUCCCCCAAA